AACAUACAGCCAGUAGGUAGCCCAACUCCUAUUCAGUCAUCUCACUGGGCUGUCGUGCACGUGCAUGUGUGUUACGUAGGGGUGUGUAUGCUUUCUCUCUGUCUCUCCACGCCCCUCAUCUUUCAUCCCAGUCCCCCCAUAGGUUCGAUGCUAAGGUAACAGAAAGACUGGGGGCUCUAUAAAGAUCCACUUUUUUCACGCGGGCUCUCUCUCUGCUCGUUUCAUUUCUUCGGUGUUUCUUCUUUCUAUCAGCACACGUCAAAAUGCCCAGCAAGAGGAAGAAGAACAAGCGUCGCAUGAGGAGGGUGCAGGCCCAGAGGAGAGCCCUUGAAGAGCAGCAUGCAGCCAAUCCUCAAGUCAAAGCAAGUCCCGGGAUCGCAGUGAGUGCGCCACCUGCAGCAACUCCAAAGAAAGCGGUUAAAGCUCGAGCACCAGCUCCAGUAAAGAUCCCAGUACCAUCUCCAGUAAAGAUCCCAGUACCAGCUCCAGUAAAGAUCCCAGCUCCAGUAAAGAUCCCAGCACCAGUAAAGAUCCCAGAACCAGCUCCAGCACCAGUUCCAGUAAAGAUCCCAGCACCAGCUCCAGUAAAGAUCCCAGAACCAGCUCCAGCACCAGUUCCAGUAAAGAUCCCAGCACCAGUUCCAGCACCAGCUCCAGUAAAGAUCCCAGAGGCGGUUCCCAUUGCUGUGCCCAUUGUGGAGACCCCCAUCGUGGAAACCCCCAUUGUGGAGACCGUUGAGACCCCCAUCGUGAAAACCCCUAUCGUGAAGACCCCCAUCGUGGAGACCCCCAUCGUUGAGACCCCCAUCGUUGAGACCCCCAUCGUGGAGACCCCCAUCGUUGAGACCCCCAUCGUGGAGACCCCCAUCGUUGAGACCCCCAUCGUGGAGACCCCCACCGUGGAGACCCCCAUCGUUGAGACCCACACCGUGGAGAUCCCCAUUAUAGAACCAGAACCAGUUGUGCAAGAACCUGUCGCAGAGCCCGUCCCAGUCGAGGUAGCAGCACCAGAGCCUAAGGCUGUGGUGUUGGAGCAUACUCCAGCAGAAGUUAAGGUUGAAGUUGCAGCCCCGGUCUCUGAAGAUGAACCAGUCAUUGAGACUCCACCAGAGAAGCCCUGUAUAGCUGAAGCUGCGAUAGUACAAGAGGCGGAACCUAUCAUUCCUGAAACAGAACCAGUAACAGAGGUAAUACCCCAAGCCGAGGCUCCAGUUGCAGCCCCCCCUGUUGAGACUGAGAUUCAGACAGAGGAGACUAUAAUCGUAACCACAGAGACUGAACAGACGCAUGAUGUCUGCAAGCCAGAAACUGAAGUGAAGGCUGAGGCCUUGGUGGAGGAAGAAGCAGUCGUUGACGCAGAGGUGGAAGUAGCCGUCACAGACGAUAUCACCGUACCAGAGCCUGUAAACGAAGCGGCUGAAGAACCAGCGAUAGAAGCGCUUACAACUGACCAAGUUUGUGCUGAAGUAGAACCCGCUGCAGAGGAGGUGGUUACAGAAACAGUGGUGGAAUCAGUGGAGGAGGUUAUUGCAGAGAAAACUGAGCCAGAACAGGUGACUGAAGCUGUCGUCAGUCCUGUAGUCCGAGCUGAGGGAGAAGACAUUGAAGCUGAAAUAGAAGUAUUGGCUGAAGAAGAUGCACCUGAAAUCCCUGCUGAGCCCAUUACAUUCACAGAGGAUGCUCCUGUCCAAUCUAUGGAAAUCCCAGUGGUGCCAGAGACCGUCCCUGAAGCUCCGGUAGAAGAGGCUGAAGCCCCCGUAACUGAAGUCCAAGAGACUUCUGACACCCAGGUCAUUGCUGACAGCCUGGUUGAUGACUUUGUUGUCACAGAAUCUGUCUCAGCAGUGGAGGUUGCCAUUGCUGAGUCUGCUGCUGUCCAGCCGGAAAUUGUGGAAGUGAGUGACACCUUCAACACCCUAUCAGAAUCAAUGGAUGUGACGCCUGCUGCUGCCCCUGCUCCUGCAGAAGAAAUGGUCAUUGACACCACUCCUGAGCAGACAUGUAUGGAUGUGCUGUUAGAAGAGCCUAAGCCAGAAACCUGUGACAUGCCAUGUCAGAUGCAGCUCGCUGUGGAGUCUGCGCAGCUCAGCUCAAUGGAGAUGUCAGUGGAGCCAUCGCUGAAUGGACACAUUGUUCCAGAGGUUUCCAUUGAGGGCUAGAUACACAUCUCAUAGCUUGGAAGACCUUUUUUUUGUCUUUAUUCCCCUUUGGCCAUAUGGAGGACUCAGUGACCUUGUUCACUUUAAAAGGGCUUACACCAGGAAAUUGAAGGGACAUCCACACUUUGAAGUGCCUUUCUGGGCCUGCUUCCUGUCAAAACACGAAACCAGAUGCCAACAUCCCGAAACCUGCUGCAUUCAAGGCGGCAGAACAGACUGUUGUCAUAAGUGUGCACAAUUGAGAGAUGGAGAUUCCUAAAACAAGAUAAAUGGCAGUGCCUGAUUUUUUUUUUAGCAUGUUCAUCUCUCCAGCACAUCUGCUUCCAUACUGCAUACACUCAAUGCAUGUGAAAACUGUAGCGUCGAUUAAUGUUGCUAUAGUUGUACUUGGGCCUAUGUUCAUAUGAGUGGGAGGGACAACUUGUUCUGUUGUCUUUUUUGUUUCACAUUUCAAAGGCUCUUUUUUACCCUUAAAGACAACACAUCUACAAAGUUUUCCCUUGCCUCCAUUUCUGUCCCCUUCUCUGUGUUCCAGUUCUCCCUUCUGCCUCAACUAAGUGCCAAAGCUAUGGUUAGUGUGAGCCUAAAACACAUCCUAAAGCUAUAGGUUUAGGUUUUAUGGCCACUGGAAAAUGACAGUCUGAGGGGACGAGCUGAGGGGUCUUUUUUUUCACUUUUUUAAUUCAUUUUGUAUAGGCCAUAUGAUGUGCUACAGUUUUGUGUUCAAAGUCUGUGCUCUGGAGGGGAAAUGUAAUGUGCUCUAGUGAUAAGCAUCAUGAGCUGACUUGGUCCACCUUUGAAAUAAAGCUGUAACUCAUCAUGA